AUGUCAGAUUCUGGAAAGCACGAGGUCCUUCAGCCUAUUCACCCCUCCAUGAAGGGGAAGCUGGACCCCGUUUUUGAGAAGCUGUACAAUGACAACGUGGCCAACACGCCACUACGACCCAUCGACCUCGGGGUUCUCCGCAAGAACUACUCAGUCCUCUACUCGUAUGGUACAGGUCCAGCUCCGAGAGUGGGCAAGAUAUACGACACCAAGAUCACUGUGGCGGACGGAGUCACUCUUGAUAUUCGCGUGUACGAGCCGCCUGGAGAGAUCCAGGGGCCAUGGCCGGUGCACAUUGACUUCCACGGCGGCGGCUGGGGCCUUGGCGAUCUAGACACAGAGGCCCACAUCUGCCAACACAUCUCGGCCAAGGCUCGCGUGUGCGUCAUUGACGUGGCGUAUAGGCUGGUCCCCGAGAACGCCUUCCCUUGUGGCGUGACGGACAGCUUCGCGGCGCUAAAGUACAUCUACGCCAAGGGAGCCGAGGAGUUCAGCAUUGACCCCUCGCGCAUCUCCCUGGGGGGAGUCUCGGCCGGCGGCUUCAUCGCCCUCUGCCUGGGGCAUCUUGCUAGGGACGAGGGGAUCCCUCUUAGGCUCAUUGCCGUAGGUACGCCUGUCAUUGACGAUCUGUCAAAGUACAAAUCGGCAGCUGAGUCGCCCUUCCGCUCGAUGCAGGAGAAUGAGCACGCCCCCACGCUCAACUGGCAGCGCCUCGCAUGGUUUGACAAGUUGAAGUGGUCAUCUCUGGGGUCCUCCGAGGAUGAGGUUGCGGCCAAGAGGACCAAAAUCCCCGAAAUAUAUGGGAACUUGCUCAAGGCGACCAACUUUGAGGGUAUGCCCCGGACAGUCAUCUACACUGCCGGUGCGGAUCCACUGCGAGACGAGGGCGAGCGCUAUGGCCAGGUACUGCUCGAGAACGGGAACGAAGUCGUCAUGAAACGGUUCCGGGGCGUCCCGCAUCCGUUCAUGCACAUGGACGGCAUUCUGUGGCAGGCUAGUGAGUUUAUAGACCGGACAGCCAAGGAAGUCCGGGCCGCUCUCUCUGAUCGACUGUAG